GGGGCGCCGCUGGGUCAGCUGAAUGACAGUCACGGGACAGCGACCAGCUCCGUCUGGCUUCCUGGAGAAGGAGGGAUGAGCGGGGGUCUCCGAGUGCGGCAGCCCAGCGGUGGGGCCCGUAGUGGGGACGGCGUUGUCAUGAAGGGUUCCCGGGACGGUGGGGACAUGGAAAAGGAGCAGGAGCGGGAGGCUCUGCAGGCCUGGAAGGAGCGCGUCGGGCAGGAGCUGGACCGCGUGGUGGCUUUCUGGGUGGAGCACUCCCACGACCAGGAGCAUGGGGGGUUCUUCACGUGCCUUGGCCGAGACGGGCAGGUGUAUGAUGACCUCAAGUAUGUGUGGCUGCAGGGGAGGCAGGUGUGGAUGUAUUGUCGCCUGUACCGCAAACUCGAGCGCUUCCGCAGCCCCGAACUUCUGGACGCGGCAAAAGCAGGUGGCGAAUUUUUGCUGCGUUAUGCCCGAGUGGCACCUCCUGGAAAGAAGUGUGCCUUUGUGCUGACGCGGGACGGCCGCCCGGUCAAGGUGCAGCGAACCAUCUUCAGCGAGUGUUUCUACACCAUGGCCAUGAACGAGCUGUGGAGGGUGACAGGGGAAGCGCGUUACCAGAGGGAAGCAGUGGAGAUGAUGGAGCAGAUCGUGUACUGGGUGCGGGAGGACCCAUCGGGGCUGGGCCGGCCCCGGCUCCCCGGGGCCCCGGCCUCUGAGUCCAUGGCGGUGCCCAUGAUGCUGCUCAACCUCGUGGACCAGCUGGGGGAGGCGGACGAGGAGCUGGCGGAAAACUACGCGGAGCUGGGGGACUGCUGCGCCCAGAGGAUCCUGCAGCAUGUUCAGGGCCCAGCCCGAAGCAAGGGUCAGAAUGCACCCAGGCCCUUGGGCCUCUUCCCCUGUGAGCCCGGCCUGCCCAAGACUGCAGCUUCUCUGUUCCUCCCGCGACAGAGGGAUGGACAGGCUGUGCUGGAGAAUGUGUCAGAGGAUGGUGAGGAACUUUCUGGUUGCCUGGGGCGACAUCAGAACCCAGGCCAUGCGUUGGAGGCCGGCUGGUUCCUGCUCCGUCAUGCCAUCAGGAAGGGCGAUCCCGAACUUCGAGCCCACGUUAUCGACAAGUUCCUGCUGUUGCCUUUCCACUCUGGGUGGGACCCUGACCACGGAGGCCUCUUCUACUUCCAGGAUGCAGACGGCCUCUGCCCCACCCAGCUGGAGUGGGCCAUGAAGCUCUGGUGGCCCCACAGCGAAGCCAUGAUUGCCUUCCUCAUGGGCUACAGUGACAGCGGGGACCCUGCCUUACUGCACCUCUUCCGCCGGGUGGCCGACUACACCUUCCGCCAGUUUCGCGAUCCUGAGUACGGUGAAUGGUUUGGCUACCUGAACCGAGAGGGUAAGGUCGCUCUCACCAUCAAGGGGGGUCCUUUCAAAGGUGAGUGGGGGACAGGGCAGGGCCGCAGGGGCUCGGGGCAGUCGGCCACCCCUGCACCUCCCGACCCCCUGUCGUGCCUCUCCGCCGCAGGCUGCUUCCACGUGCCGAGGUGCCUCGCCAUGUGCGAGGAGAUGCUGGACGCCCUGCUGAGCCGCCUCGCCCUGGCCCAGAGCCCCGGCACGCAGUGCACUCCCGCCGCCCCCAGCCCCGAAGGCGCGAAAUAAAACCGAGCGUGCUCCAG